UUUAAAAACGUAACAAAAAAAGAGGUUGGACGCGUAGGGAAGGGAAAUGACUUUGGGUUUAUCAACAAAUACAAAUCCCGGGUCCCCUCUCCUGCACUUCGUCUGGCAUUCUUUCUACUCUGCCAGCGCGACUCUGAGGGGCGCCACUACCCCUCCACCUCUGUACCAGGGGGUCCUCCACCCUCUCUUCUCCUUUCCCGGCCACGGUGUCCCUCCACCUCCCACGGCUCCAGUUUAUCAGCUCCGUGGGCCCAGAUGCCCCGCCCACAUCAGGCUUGGGCUCCGCCCACAUCAGGCUUGGGCUCCGCCCCAGUGUCCCAAGACCCCGCCUCCCCGUGGUUGAGGGGAAAUUCCCCUACUCUAGGCCUUUCGGUUUGCGCGGGCGGGCCAGCUUGCCGCGGGGAGAGUGAGAGAUCUCGAAGCCGCUCACGAUGGAGGAACUGGAGCAAGGCCUGCUGAUGCAGCCGUGGGCAUGGCUACAGCUUGCCGAGAAUUCCCUCUUGACCAAGGCUUAUAUCACCAAGCAGGGCUAUGCCUUGCUGGUUUCAGAUCUUCAACAGGUGUGGCAUGAACAGGUGGACACUAGUGUGAUCAGCCAGCGAGCCAAGGAGCUGAACAAGCGCCUGACUGCUCCUCCUGCAGCUUUUCUUUGUCAUUUGGAUGAUCUGCUUCGCCCAUUGUUGAAGGACACUGCUUGCCCUGGCAAAGCUACAUUCUCCUGUGAUCAUGUGGCAGAGGCGCUGAUACUCCGGGUGCGGAGUGAGCUCUCUGGUCUCCCAUUCUAUUGGAAUUUCCACUGCAUCCUAGCUAGCCCUUCGCUGGUCUCCCAACAUUUGAUUCGUCCUCUGAUGGGCAUGAGUCUGGCACUGCAGUGCCAGGUGAGGGACCUAGCAACAUUGCUUCGUAUGAAAGAUCUAGAGAUCCAGGACUACCAGGAGAGUGGGGCUACGCUGAGCCGAGAUCGGUUGAAGACAGAGCCAUUUGAAGAGAAUUCCUUCUUGGAACAAUUUAUGGUAGAG